CGUUCUCUAAGCGGAAGUUUACUUUCUUACGGAGUCCCGGUAGAAAAGGGGGAGGAACACCUCAGAGGAUCUCAGGGGCCCAAGGCACAGGUGGAGGAGGGAGUGUGCUGCUUGGAGAGUUCCAGGCCAGCACUUACCCUCAUCUGCAGCAGAGAUGGUGAACGUGGGGUUGUCUCGCGUGGACGAAGCGGUGGCAGCCAAGCACCCAGGGCUACAAGAAUAUACGGCCUGCCAGUCUUAUGCAUUCAUGAAAGGCAUGGGGGCAUUUUUUGCAGUCUCUGGGAUGGCUUUUGCUCUUCAAAAAUUCAUCCGGAAGAUUCACUACCCGCUCCAGUGGAACAUCCUGCUCUCCUUUGUUGCAGGUUCAGUUGCAAGCUAUACAAUGACUCGAUGGGAGACACAGAAGUGUUCUGACUUAUGGAUCUUUCUGGAGAGCAAACAACCCAGUGUCCCAGAUGUAGCCAAAGAGAAAGUGCCCCACUUGGACCCCCAGAAGGAGACAGAGGCCGGUGCAAAAAGGAACAAGUAUGGAGAUGUUAUGGACUAG